AUGACUCAAGGCCAUUGUUAUUCGUUUUCUUGUAUUAUUACCAUCUACUAUUUCUCCCUCUUUAUACACUCUCUAGCUUCUCCUUCGCUCCACCUUUGCCGCCACGACCAGAGGGACAGUCUUUUGGAAUUUAGACACGAGUUUUCGAUAUACGAAUCUAAGCCGAAUCCGUGGAAUAAGAGCACUGAUUGUUGCUUUUGGAAGGGUGUCACGUGCGAUGAUAAAUUUGGCCAGGUUAUAUCACUCAACCUUCGUAGUACCUUUCUUAACAGCUCUUUGAAUACUAACAGUAGCCUAUUUAGACUCCAAUAUCUUCGUAGCUUAGACCUUUCAGGUUGCAAUCUCCAAGGAGAGAUUCCUUCUUCACUAGGAAACCUUUCUCGUCUCAUAUAUCUUGAGCUUUCUUCUAAUAGAUUAGUAGGCGAGAUUCCGGCUUCAAUAGGUAAUCUAAAGUAUAUAAGAAACCUUAGCCUUGGGUAUAAUGAUCUCACAGGAGAGAUUCCUACUUUACUAGGAAACCUUUCAAAUCUUGUAGAUCUUGGACUUUUGCAUAACCAUUUGGUAGGUGAAGUUCCGGCUUCCAUUGGAAAUCUUAACAAGCUAAGAGUCAUGUCAUUUGAAAACAAUAGCUUAAGUGGAAGUGUCCCUAUUUCAUUUGCCAAUUUAACUAACCUUUCUUUUUUUAUCCUCAACAAUAAUAACUUCACAUCACUUCCAUUUGGCAUGAGUGGGUUCAAGAACUUGGUGACUUUCGAUGUUAGCGAAAACUCAUUUGUCGGCCCUUUCCCUAAAUCUUUGUUCUCGAUUCCUUCACUUAUAGCGGUUGAUUUAGAAGAUAACCAUUUUACAGGAUCUAUAGAGUUUACGAAUACAUCUUCAUCAUCUACUCUUCAAUAUCUACUCCUUACUAAUAAUAGAUUAGAUGGCUCUAUCCCUGAAUCCUUAUCUCAACUUCACAACCUCGUAAUGCUGGAUCUUGCCAACAACAAUUUCAGUGGGAGAAUUCCUAGAUCUAUGUCAAAGUUAGUUAGCCUUGGUUAUCUUGGUCUUUCCAAUAACAAGUUGGAAGGUGAAAUACCAGGUUGGUUGUGGAGACUAUCGUCGGUGAUGCUUUCUCACAAUUCCUUCAGCAGUUUUGAAGAAUCUUCAAAAGAAACAAUGAUCCAAGUGUUGGAUCUGAGUUCGAAUUCAUUUGGAGGAACAUUUCCCCUUUGGAUAUGCAAGCUUGAAUGGUUGAACUUUCUAGAUAUGUCCAACAAUCUCUUCAAUGGCUCGAUUCCUUCAUGUUUAAGGCAUUUCGAUCUUACGCAACUGAUUCUGCGGAACAACAACUUCAGCGGAACGAUUCCGGACAUAUUUUCCAAUACUACCAACUUACAAUCACUAGACAUAAGUGGUAACCAGCUGGAGGGGAAGUUUCCAAAUUCUUUGAUCAAUUGCAAAGCUCUACAUUUUGUGAAUGUUGAAAGCAACAAAAUCAAGGAUACGUUUCCGUCUUGGUUGGGAUCUUUCCCAUCUUUACGUGUCCUCAUCCUAAGAUCAAACAAGUUCUAUGGGCCACUUUAUCAUCGCAACAUGUCCUCUGGUUUUCAAAGUUUAAGAAUCAUUGAUAUAUCAUACAAUGGCUUCACUGGAACUCUCCCAAGUCACUUUUUUUCAAGUUGGCUUCAAAUGAUCUCACUAGGUGUAGAAAGUGAUGAAUACAUGGAAGAUAUUCAGAAUUUUUCUCUUGUCUAUAGCUCGAUGGAAAUGGUGAAUAAAGGAGUAGAAAUGAGUUUUGAACGAAUCCGACAAGACUUUAGAGCCAUUGAUUUUUCUGCAAACAAAUUUUACGGCAAAGUCCCUGAAUCCAUUGGCUCUUUGAUGGAAUUGCGUCUUCUUAACUUGUCAAGUAACGCGUUCACAAGCGAUAUCCCAAGAUUCUUGGAAAAUUUGACUAAUCUCGAAGCACUAGACCUAUCAUGUAACAAGUUUUCAGGUCAAAUCCCUCAAGAUCUUGGGAAACUCUCCUUUCUUUCAUACGUGAACUUCUCCCAUAACCUUCUCCGAGGUCCACUGCCACGAGGCACACAGUUUCAAAGGCAGAAAUGUUCUUCCUUCUUAGGCAACCGUGGACUCUAUGGUCUUGAAGAUAUAUGUGGAGAAACUCAUGUCUCCAAUCGUACAUCACAACUACCGGAGGGAAUGUCAGAGGAGGAGGAAACAAUGUUCAAUUGGGUGGCAGCUGCAAUAGCCUAUGGACCUGGUGUCUUUUGUGGUUUGGUGAUAGGAUACAUCUUCACUUCACACAAUCAUGAAUGGUUCGCGCAAAAGUUUGGUGGAAAAAAACUGAGAGCCACUACAAGUGCUCGUUAA